AUCCUGAACUUCUGAAGAAAACCGAGAAAGGUUUAUUCAGAAAUCGACACACGUACUUAGUUCUCAUCUCAACUCUAUUUCAAGACCUAGACUAGAGCUGCAGACGGGCUGAGCUAAACUUUGACCUUGACCACCCUGCCACACAUUGCUCUGUAUUCAAGAGCCGUCCUGCAGGUUUCUUUCGUCAGUCAGCUCAGUAGCAGCUCGCUGGUCAAACAAUGGGAACGGAGGGCCCAGCCAGAUUCCCCACAGCGUCGCUCAUGUACAUCAGUCCAGGCAACAUCCUGAACUACCACAAUCUGAAGAAGACAAUCCCCAAGACAUCAACGGACGAGCUUAAGAUGGUGCUCAACAACGCCCUGAAGCUCUCCCCCUCAAGCUCGCCGAUCAUAGACAACAUCACCAACAACAAGAGUGAGGAGGUAGUGUUCUCAGACCCCAACCCCAAGAUAGAAUACAGCGGCUGCGUUACCCCCGACGAGGUGAAGAUCACCGUCAAGCUGAUGCUGAGUAACGCUGAUAUGGGCAUCGCCACGCAGGCAGUGGCCAUGGCCCUCAAGGAACUGGGAACCAGCAAGAUAGAUGGCGUGCUUCUCUCAAUGCCGGCCAGGCCGUUUGACGAAGAGCUGACCGUCGAUCACUACAAGCCAGUCUGGAAGGAGCUGGAGGAACUGGUCCGACAGGACCGGAUCAAGACACUGGGAGUGUGCGACAUGGAACUGGGGAUGCUCACGGAAUUUUAUUCUUGGGCGCAGGUCAAGCCCACCACCAACCAGAUGAACCAAGCCUCCUGCUGUGUCAUUCCUCCAGCACUCAAAGAGUUUGCCAACGAGAACACUAUCCAGCUGGUCUCCCAUUCAGACUCAAAUGAUAUUCUUCCCCCGGAUGUUUUCCAAGAUGUUCUGCGGACCCACUACCCAGAGCAUGCCGACUCGGCCAGCUGGCAUCCAUCCUGGGUCCUACGCUACACAGCGCUGAUCAAGAACCGUGGAAUCAUCACGACCAAGGGUUACAUAGUCAGAGCUCAGCGGGUACUACCUCUUAACUAAAGAUAACAGAUGUUAUGUAAAUUAAUACAUGCUGCUACACAUUUUGAUAUUUUGGAUUUGUCAGUCACUGACAUCGUAUUACGGACUGUAAACUCAGUGCUAUCCAGAGCUUGAAAAAGUGGGGGGUUCGAGUCCCACCCGAGAAAGCUGGUAAAUUUUUUUUAUUUCGCACAAGUUCUACGUAUUCAGGGCUUUUAAACAUUAAGCACUGGUGAAGGGCAAAAUCGAUUAUUAGUACAUGUAUCUAAAUUUCUGACGCAAAAGUCUGUUGUUUUAACAGAGACUCUGUAAUUUGCCAAAUUUUUGCAUGCCACUUACAUUUGUCAAAUGGAAUUUACCACUUAGAAGGUACAUAUGAGCAAUGUCUUUGGCAUUUUUUGAAAAACAUUCAUGCAUACAUUGUUUGUAAAUUUUGAUAGUGUUUGCAUCUCUACAGCGUAGUGUCAUGAAUUGUGGCCAAUUUUGGCCUAUAGCAUUUUACUGCUUUCAAAAGUAUUGAGUUUUGCAAGCUUUGGGAUAUAUAAUUCUAAUUUUUUGAUCCGAGGAUCAAAUUAUUUGUAUAGAAUGCCUGCAGAUAAUGUGAAGCUUUUUUUUGCUAAAAUCUUUUGCUAUUGUUGGGAAUAAUGCAACCAAACAGUAUGCAGCCUCAAUCGAAAGACAAAAUAUUUCAUUUUGUCAAAACUUUCAACUUAAAUGGAUAUUUGUACAGAAUCAGCGAGGGGUCUAUUUUUUAAAAGGUGUUUCAUAUGUAAAUAAUCCUGCUAAACAUAUAGAGGAAAUUUGAAUAUUUUUGUGUAAAAUACUUUUCCCCACUAAUAAUCAUUGUACAUUUUCUUUAUUAUUUCGAUUUUUUUCUAAGCACACUUUCUCGAACUUUUUAAAACUGUUCAGUUUAGUAUUUUAGGAGCAAACAGUUUGUGCCCAGUGGCUGCUCUAAACUUCACAAUUUUAUUAAGCCUAAAUAGCCAAAGUGCAGCCUCGGGUUUUGCGGUAUUUUAGGUUUAAAAACCACCUACUCUGAUUUAGCUGUGAAUUUAGAAUCUAAACUGACGUUGUGAUAGAGUCUAAUCCCAAAUCGAGUCGCAAUUGUUUUAACACGGGAUGAAAAAAUGACCAAGAAUGUCUCCAUGGCAGAUCAUUUGAACCGCUUGUGAUUCGGCACCAGACUCAACGACUUGGGAUCGACUUAAAAUUGCGUUCCCCACGCUCGUCACCAAAUUCAUAUAUUUUCCAUAAAUAUAUUUUCAUUAUGAGCACAAACAAAUCCACUAUGCGAGCAGACUUGCUACUGGUCCGCACCUUAUCUGUACUGAUUGUGGGGGGGG